ACGACUUACUGUUAAUAUGCGGCCGAUAACGUCCCGUAUCACUCAUUUGGGGGAGGAAGCGUCGGAGGUGGUGAUGGCGAUACGACGUCCAAAACGAUGCGUGUGUGCGUGUCGUAUCGCGCGACGCGACGCAACGCGACGCGACGCGCAAUCUCUUCAUUACAGCACCGAGAAAGAUUACACACUCAUCAGGCUAAUUACACGCUCUGGUGGCCGAUGACAGAGAACUUGCUCACGUGUGCGACUCGCGGGUACAGGUCCUGUCAAAAGCAACGACAUGUGAUGAUGCGAUGUGUAUAUGGUAUGUUGUUUUUUUUGAUUGACGGAGAGUCGAUCCGUGUUGAAUGAAUAACACCUGAUCCGCUGUCGCUCGCGGGAUGACUGCCAAUUAUUAUUUCGCGAUCGUCGGCCAUGCUGACAAUCCAUUAUUCGAAAUAGAAUUCAAUAAUGCUGGGAAGAGAGAAGACGCGAAGAAAGAGGAUCAUUCGCAUUUAAAUCAAUUCAUCGCUCAUGCGGCGCUCGAUCUUGUGGACGAGCAUACGUGGAAAACGACGAACAUGCAUCUUAAAAUAGUAGAUAAGUUUAAUCAAUGGUUCGUCAGCGCUUUCGUGACAGCGACUCACAUUCGAUUUGUCAUGGUGCACGAUAGCAAAAAUGAGGAUGGAAUUAAGAAUUUCUUCAACGAAAUGUAUGAAACUUAUAUAAAGUAUUCUAUGAAUCCAUUUUACAAGUUUAAUACUCCUAUCAAGUCUGUAGGAUUUGAGAAAAAGGCACAGUUGUAUGGCAGGAAAUAUUUAUCUUCGUAAACUUAUAACAAUUUAGUUGAACACAAGUUUUAUAAAAGGGUGCUUAUAACUUA